AUGCACCGUACCUAUUCUAUGCGCCAGACGCGCGCUCCGACCGCCUCGCAGGUCGAAAACCCCGCUCCUCCUCUGUCUACGACUAAGUCGAACCGCUGGCUAGGAAAGGGUGGCUUGGGCCAUGCAUUCCGUAAGAACGCCGCGGGUGCCUUCGGCCCCGAUCUGUCGCGCAAGCUGUCCCAGUUAGUGAAGAUGGAGAAGAACACUAUGCGCAGUAUGGAGCUUGUCGCUCGCGAGCGCAUGGAAGUCGCGCAACAACUCUCCAUCUGGGGUGAGGCCUGCGACGAGGAUGUGUCGGAUGUCACCGAUAAGCUUGGUGUCCUGAUCUACGAGAUUGGUGAGCUGGAGGACAUGUUCGUCGACCGAUACGACCAAUACCGUGUCACCAUUAAGAGCAUCCGUAACAUUGAGGCCUCUGUACAGCCCAGCCGAGACCGCAAGCAGAAGAUCACCGAUGAGAUUGCCAAGCUCAAGUAUAAGGACCCCAACUCUCCCCGCAUCGUCGUUUUGGAGCAGGAACUUGUUCGCGCCGAAGCCGAGUCUCUGGUCGCCGAGGCCCAGCUGUCAAACAUCACCCGUGAGAAGGUCAAGGCCGCUUUCCAAUACCAAUUCGAUGCCCUGCGUGAGCACUGCGAGAAGGUCGCCAUCAUCGCCGGCUACGGCAAGCACCUUCUCGACCUGGUCGAUGACACCCCCGUGACUCCCGGUGAGACCCGCCAGGCAUACGACGGUUACGACGCCAGCAAGGCCAUCAUCCAGGACUGCGAGGAUGCCCUCAGCAGCUGGGUUUCCAACAAGUCAGUCGUCAAGUCCAGUCUCUCCCAGCGCUCGAACACCCUCUCUCAGCGCCACCGUCAAAACCGCCAAAACCGCGACGGCAUUGAUUUGUCCCAGCAAGAUGCUCCUAUGACCGGAGACCGCGACUCCUGGUUGCCCGCCGACCAACACCCCAACUACGAGGAUGGUGAGGAUGGAGUGAGCACCUUGGAAGGUGAGAUCCGUGGUCGUGAAGAAGAGCGGGAGCCAAUUGCUGCUUAA